AUGGUCAGCAAAGUUUCUGGAGCCUUCUGCGCAAUGAAGGGCCCGGCGAUUGUUGUCGGCCUGCUGUGUCUGUCAGGCAGUUUACUGCUAUCGAACGCGAACAGCACCGAUGCCACGUGCUCAGAGAGCAAAACACUGGCUUCUGUGGCUCUCACGAAAGAAAGCAGCCCAAUCAAAAUCAAAUGCCCAGACGGAUCUGACGUGUUUCCAGCAGUUACAGACAAGUCCAACAACUCUUACUGUACAGACUCGUCGUGCGCCCAACAGGCGCCUCUGGACCCGGCAUUUUCUAUCCAGGCAGAUGCCGCCGCAUCAGGGGCGGUGGGGGGAGUAGGCGUAUCACUCCAAUCAGCCAAAGCAAACGCAAAAAGCUACACGCUUACCAUGCAUCAAUCGAGCCAAAAUUCAUCUACCCUGUAUUUCCAGUGCCGGACGCCAGGCGAAUCAAAGGCACGAUCUCGCGAGGAGUUUCUGAAAAAAAGAGUAGAAGAGUCACAAGCCACAGAGACCAAGUGCACUAUUCAAGUCGCGGCUUACGGUUCAGAAGCUGCUGCUGCUGCAGAGACAGAAAAGGAGUGUAACCUGGGAGGCAAGCUGUCGGUGAGCCUCAACCCCAAGUCGCAGUCAUUCACGUUCCACUGCGCAGAGGGCUCGAGCUUGCAGCCCGUUAACUUUGAGAAUGCUUUUGCAGGGAACCAAUGCGCCGACCAAAAGGCUCUGACCGAAUUUGGACUGGUUGCUUCUCUCUUGGAAGGGAAAUCUGCCGCUUCAGGUACCCCGGCUCCCCCCGCCUCUACAGGCGCUUUGCCUGCCUACACGUUCACUGUCUCGAAGUUUCCGGCAGAAAAUACGCCUGUGUUGCUGUGCUACAAAUGUGAAAAAACGGCCGCUGUCAGCGAACAUGUUGACGAAACUCCCAGUGAAUGCACAGCGCUCAUCGAGGUCUCAGGAGAAUCUGCAACAGGCGAUGGACAAGAGGAUAAUCAAGAUCCGUCUGAACUAGGAACCUCGAGCGGGGCAGCGAAGCAUGCAGCGGAUACACUGCUUAUUGCUUUGGUGACUCUCCUUUUUUCGGCUCUCGCCGUGGACGCUUCUGUAUAA